AUGCAAAAAUCUUUGGUAUUCUUCAUGGCUUUUGCUUUUGUCAUUUCUGCACAAGAAUCCACUCCACCACCAGCAGCUGCGGAAUCCACAACAGAAGUCGCCAGUGUAGUUCCCGCACUCACUCAAGAAGCCGUCGAUGCGGCUUCAGCUGCACCAUCAAACCAGAAGAACGACCAGGCCACUUUGGACGCGGUUCAACAAGCCGCGAGCAAUGCUGCAGAUGCCGCUGCUAAUGCCGCUUCGGAUGCUAAGGACGCUGUAGCUGAUGCUGCUGCUUCGGCUGGAGAAACCGCUUCAAAUGCUGGAGCUGCUGUUGCUGAUGCUGCUUCAAACGCGGCUGGUAAGUGAUUAGACUUUUCUUAAUUGGCCUGAGGGAAAGGAGGAGCAAUUUUGCAUUUUUUAGUAAUUGUAAGCGGUAGAACAGUUUCUAGAAUCAAAGAAAAAUAUAAAGUUUGUGUUAAGAGCUACUUUUGUAUCGAUGUUAAUUUAUAUAUUUUAGAAUCGGCCAAAGAAUCCGCUCAACAAGGUGCCGAUGCUGCCCAGAACUCUGCGACCGUUUUCUCAGCCAGCGUGAUUACUGUAUUUACCGCUUUCUUUCUCAGUUUUUAA